GUCAGACCACAUCCUGCAAGCCAGGCACUGCGCUGCUGGCUGCAGACACAGGCCUCACCAUGAAGCUGGCUCUCCUGCCCUGUGUCCUGCUGCUGGCGACAGUUCCCGGGCCUGGGCCCAGGCCCACAGCAGGUGCUCAGGAGAGCUGUUCUCUACGCUGUGGGGACCAGAGUGGGACCUGCUCUUGCCACCCGACCUGUGUAGGCCUUGAAACCUGCUGUGAAGACUUCCGGAACUUCUGCCUGGAGGUCUCUCCCUCCUCGGGCUCCAUGAUGGGUGGCAAGGACUUUGUGGUACAGCAUCUCAAGUGGCCCCAACCCACAGAAGGCGUGAUCUGCAGGUUUAAGGAGAGCAUCGAGAUCCUCGGCUAUGUGGACUCCUUGGAGCAGGUGCACUGUGUGUCACCCUUGCUCUACGAGACUGGCCGCAUCCCCUUCACCAUCUCAAUGGACAAUGGUCGUUCCUUCCUUCGCGCAGGCACCUGGCUGGCUGUACAUCCCAAUAAAGUGUCACAGGAAGAGAAGAGCCAAUUGGAGAAUGAGACCCGUUGGCAGUACUACGGCACCCCAGGCACCACCACAGGGAACCUCAGCCUCACCUGGAACACCUCAGUGUUGGCAACGGAGACUGUCGCCAUUGAGCUAUGGGGCUAUGAGGAGACAGGGAUGCCAUACUCAGGGAACUGGACAGCGAAGUGGUCGUAUCUGUACUCCCUGGCCAAAAACGCCCCCAACUCUGGCUCCUUUACAUUCACUCCUGAACCUGCAUCUGCCAUCUACCAGAAAUGGAGAGUGGGUGCGCUGCGGAUCACCUCCAGCGAACAUUACCAGGGGAAGAAGGAUGUGCUGGCAAUCUGGACCAAUGAGCACGCACUGGCCUGGCACCUGGGAGAUGACUUCCGGAAGGAUUCAGUGAGCUGGGCCCGUGCAGAGUGCCUGGCCUGGGAGAAGCUGGAGGAUGAGCUACCUGACUUCCUAAAGGAGCUGCCCGACUGCCCUUGCAACCUUGUCCAGGCCCAGGCUGACACCGGCCGCUUCUUCACAGACUACGGCUGUGACUCUGAGCAGAACAGUACUUGCACCUACCAUCCGGGGGCCGUGCACUGUGUACGCUCCGUGCAGGCCAGCCCCAGGUAUGCCUCUGGCCAGCAGUGUUGCUACAGGAAAGAUGGCUCCCAGCUCCUGACUGCUGACUCCAUCGGGGGCAGCACCCCUGACCGUGGUCACGACUGGGGCGCCCCUCCAUACCGCACACCACCCCGUGUGCCCACCUUGUCCCACUGGCUCUAUGAUGUCAUGAGCUUCUACUACUGCUGCCUCUGGGCACCUGAGUGCUCCCGGUACAUGCAGCGACGACCUUCCAGUGACUGCCGCACCUACCGUCCCCCACGCCUGGCCUCAGUCUUUGGUGAUCCCCACUUCCUCACCUUCGAUGGCACCAACUUCACCUUCAAUGGGUACGGCGAGUACGUGCUGCUGGAGGGGGAGGCUGACGGGAAGGACCUGCGGGUUCAAGCGAGGACCAAGCCUGCGACACUGGCCAAUGGCACCCAGGCCCAGGGUACGGGGCUGGCAGCUGUGGUCAUCCAGGAGGACAACUCAGAUGUGGUGGAAGUGCGGCUGGCUGACGGGUCUGGGGUCCUGGAGGUGCUGCUGAAUUCCGAGGUGCUCAGCUUUGCCGAGCAGAGCUGGAUGGACCUGAAGGGCUUGUUCCUGUCGGUAGCUGGUAAGGACAAAGUAUCAGUCAUGCUGUCAUCUGGCGCUGGCCUGGAUGUCAGCACACAAGGCCCUUUCCUGAGUGUGGCUGUCCUGCUGCCGGAGAAGUUCCAGAACCACACCCGCGGCCUCCUUGGGACGCUGAAUAACAACCCUGCAGAUGACUUCACCCUGCGAAGUGGGAAGGUGCUGCCCCCAAAUGCCAGUGCCCAGGAGCUGUUCCAAUUUGGGGCUGAAUGGGCCGUGCACAACAGCUCCUCCCUGUUCACCUAUGACUCCUUGUGGUUGGUCAACCAAUUUCUGUAUCAACAUAAGCAUGACCCCACCUUCAAGCCCCUCUUCUCCAAUGAGAUUGUCCUCAGCCCUGACCAGGCAGCAGAGGUAGCCAAACUAUGUGGGGACGACCACUUCUGCAAGUUUGAUGUGGCAGCCACUGGGAACCUGAAUGUGGGCAAUGUGACACGGGCGGCCCACCGGAUGUACCGCGAGCGCCUACAGAGCCUGCAGCCCGUUGUGUCCUGUGGCUGGCUGGCUGCCCCUUCCAAUGGGCACAAGGAAGAUUUCAAGUACCUGAUGGGCUCCACCAUCCGCUUCCACUGUAAUAGCGGCUACAGCUUGGCUGGGGCGGAGACCAGCACAUGCCAGGCAGACGGCACUUGGUCUGCACCCACCCCACAGUGCCAGUUAGGCCGCAGCUACACAGUGCUGCUGAGCAUCAUCUUCGGAGGUCUGGCAGUGGUGGCGCUGGUCGCGGUCAUCUACAUGCUGCUGCGCCGCGGCAGGAAGAGCAACAUGAGCCUGUGGACUUCCCACCCCUGAGACCAGAGCGCACCUAGGCGACAACGCAAGAUCAUGGUGGAGCCACAGCCCUGCUUCCCAGGAGGAGGCUGUGGGUCGCCAGUCACACUCGCGCGCCGAGGCUGCGGUUCCCAGAUCCCUAGGACUGGGCAUCUAAUACCUGGGCUUUUAAUUUCAGUGGGCCCAAGACCCAGCGCCCACUCUCACCUCAGCCCCGAGGCAUGACAGCUGCAUCUCGCUGUGCUCCCCCUAUAUUACUUAAGGCGAUAGAGUUCCUCAGACUGGAGACUUCAUACUCUGGAAUUCUAAUACCUCUGUUCCUGAGCCCUAAUGCAUCAGAAACUCAGAUUCCAUGCCUCACUCCCUGUAGGCUGGUGGCAGUGACCCUGAUCCCUGACAGACUGAGACCUGCUCCCCUCCAUCCUGUGGGGACCCCCAUUGCCAAGGUGCCUUGGUGCCCUGCGCCGCCUGCACCCCCAAAGGAGCAAGGGCUGCAGUGAGGGAAGGGCCCAACUCUACACUCCAGGCUUCCAUUUCUACCUCCUCUGGAAUGUUGCUUGGUAACACCCCUCCCUGUCUGUAUGAGGAGAAAACAAGCUUCCUGAGUCCUUU